CCUUGCGCGGGCAACAUGGCGGCGCCCGGCGAGCGGAGCCGCUCCGGCGGCGGGAGCCUUUUCUCCUUCCUGCCCGGCGGCGCGCGCUCGGAGGUGAUGGACGACCUGGUGACGGACGCGCGCGGCCGGGGCGCGGGGCGGAGAGAUGCGUCCGCCGCAGCCUCGGCCCCCGCGCCGACCCCCGAGCCCCAGGUCGCCGAGGACCCUUCCCGGAGGCGGCCCUGCCGGGCCUGCGUGGACUUCAAGACGUGGAUGCGGACGCAGCAGAAGCGGGACGGCAAGUUCAGGGAGGAUUGUCCUGAGGAUCGCGAGGAACUGGGCCGCCACAGCUGGGCUGUCCUGCACACCCUGGCCGCCUACUACCCCGAUCUGCCCACCCCAGAACAGCAGCGAGACAUGACCCAGUUCAUACAUUUAUUUUCCAAGUUUUACCCGUGCGAGGAGUGUGCUGAAGACAUCCGGAAGAGGAUAUGCAGGAACCAGCCGGACACGCGCACUCGGGCCUGCUUGACCCAGUGGCUGUGCCGCCUGCACAAUGAAGUGAACCGCAAACUAGGCAAGCCGGACUUCGACUGCUCACAAGUGGACGAGCGCUGGCGCGAUGGCUGGAAGGAUGGCUCCUGUGACUAGAUAGUGGCCGGCAGAGCUGUGGAACAGCAGUCCGGGCCUGCGGGCAGCCUGGCCAGAGGGGGAUGGGGCACUCAUUAAAGUGCAUCAGAGCCAGAGCCUGUUGUGUCUCAGUUGGAUCGUCCCCAGAGACUGCUCAUGGGGCCCUUUCCUCUUAGGUUUGUAGUCAGAGCAGAGGUGCCUGCUGCAGACACCUCGACGGCCCUUCCUCAGCCAAGGCCCCGUGCGGCUGUAGGUGAACGAGAGGGAGCAGCCCAGGCUGUGCCUUACGUUUGGGAUGUGGUGUCCUGCUCACCCCACACCCUGGUGCCCGCUUCCCUACACAGGAAUGUGACAGGCCUGCUAGGGCUCCCUGUCCUGCUCCUUGAGGUAGACCAUUGUCUCCCAGCCAUGACCGUGUAGCAAGGGCCGGCUGCAGUGACUGUAACUCUACAGGCUGUGUGCUGUUUGCAGUUCAGAAAAGAGGUCUGGGGGUUGAGCUCUCCUCCCUGCUCAAUGUCUACAAGGAAAGCACAGGCAGGCUGCUUCUCUGACAGUCCACCAACGCUGCUGCCCGCCUCCCAUCCAGCACAUACCUGUACCAGGCCUGUCAAGAGGCUUUGUGGAACCAAUCUCAGAGCUUGAAACCAAAAUAAAAUAAUGGAGGAGUGGCCAA